AUGGGGUCUAAGAAACCAGAAGCAAGCAGGAGGUCUGAUAAGACCCCAAGCCCGCUCCCAAUAGAGGGUGCUGCGGCACAGACACCGCUCCCAAUAGAGGACGUACCAGCACAAGAUGGGGCGGAUCCGUCAGAAGUCACAAUUGCCAGCGUCACGGCCGCCCCCGUGCCCAGCAUCUCUGCCUCAGGCACCUACGCCCCAGAGCCGAGCCUCUACGCCUCAGGUAACUCCACCCCAGAGCCAAGCCUCUCCUCCUCAGGCAGCAUCGACCACGCGCCCAGCAUCUCUGCCUCAGGCACCUACGCCCCAGAGCCGAGCCUCUACGCCUUAGGCAACUCUGCCCCAGAGCCAAGCCUCUCCUCCUCAGGCAGCUUCGCCCUCACGCCCAAUAUCUCCGCCUCAUGCAUCUUCGCAUCAUGCUUCACCGUCUCUGGCAUAUUCAUCACCUGA